ACUCGAAGCUUCAAUGUUGUUUUGUUUACUGGGUGGGAAAUGUUUAUUUAAUUAUUUUCGGUCUUCUUUGGCUGUCAUUCCUAUUUCAAACUGCCUUUUCUAGUCUAAAUAAAACCACUUCCCCUGCUGCUUCCUCUCUGCUGUUCCUCUGUAUUGCCAAUACCUCUCUCUUUCUCUCUCUUAUUGAAACCAUUUCAAGUUUCCUUCUUCUCAUUCCCCAAACUCUCUCUUCCUCUCUUUCUCAUUGAAAGCACAGCUCUCCAUAUUCUUCUUAUCUAACAACUCUUCCUCUUUCCUUUUUGUACCUUUUGACGAUUCCUAAAUCUCUCUGUACAUAGCAAGAAACAGAGCAUCAUUAAUGGCAGCCAACAAAUUUGCAACCAUGUUGCAUAAAAACACAAACAGGAUCACUCUUAUUCUUGUCUACACGUUACUAGAAUGGAUUCUGAUCAUUCUCCUUCUUCUCAAUUCUCUCUUCUCUUAUCUCAUCAUCAAAUUUGCUGAUUACUUUGGUCUGAAAAGGCCCUGCCUUUGGUGUACUAGGCUUGAUCACAUCUUUGAGCCAUCAAAGUACAAUAAUUCUUGUAGAGAUCUAGUGUGUGAUGAUCAUGCUAAUGAGAUUUCUAAACUGGGUUACUGUUCAAAUCAUAGGAAACUAGCAGAAUCUCAAGAUAUGUGUGAGGAUUGCUUGUCCUCUUCAUGGUCGGAUUUUUCUGACUUGUCAAAGAAGUUAGCCUUUUUUCCAUGGAUGAAGCAGGUUGGUUUGAUCCAGGAUGGUGGUGAUAAAGUGAUAGAAAAUGGUGAUGAGAAUUUCAAGUGUUCUUGCUGUGGUGUCAUGUUAGAGAAAAAGUGGAACUUUCCUUAUCUCCUGAUUAAGCCUUCUUGGGAGGUUUUGGAUUAUACCCAGAAAGGAAAUUUAAUUACUGAAGCUGGAGGAGUUGAUGGUAUUGCAGAUGAAGGUAAUGCUUCAGAUGGAAUCAGAUCAGAUUUUGUGGCUGAUUAUCAGGAAGAUGAACAGGGGGUUGAAGAAAACAACAGAAUUGAGAUCAUUUCUGUUGGCGAUGAUGAAGCUGAUAAAGGAAGAGAAAUGGAGAAAGAGGAGGAUUUUUCAUGUUUUAUUUCUAGUUUUGAUUGCAAUCAAAUGGCUGCUAAUGAGGAUGAUAAUCAUGAUGUGGUUAUAGAGAAAGAUCAAAUACCCAUGGAAGAAGAAGGAAACUUAAAUGUGUCAAUGGAUGGUAAGGUGGUGACUCAAGUCGCUUGCAGCAAAGAGGAGUCUCCUGAAUUUCUACCUAAGCAUCUGGAGUUCUACAUCGAGGGGGAUGACUGUCAUUUGAUUCCAGUUGAAUUGAUCGAUUCUACUGCUGUAGAAAGUGGAAGAAUAUACAAGUUUAGAGAGGAAGAUCAAGGUAUUUCUGAUAAUGGAGAUGUUAUUUUGGACUUUGAUUUGCGUCCUGGGACACCAGUGGAAUUGGUUGUGGAGAACAAAUGCAGUUCAGGAGAGAAAGUGACAUUACUUUCAGCCCAAGAGAGUGAGGAUGAAAGCAGUGUUGCAGUAGUUGAAUCAGUGGAGUCGAAUGAGAAGAAAGAGAGCUUCUCAGAACAUGCAGGAGAGGAAGAUUUGAUGGAGGAGGAAGAUGAGCAAGUUGCUACCACUCAAGCAACUCAGACCCCUUUGAACGAAGCUGAUGAUGCUCAAGGAAGUGCAGCAAUAAGAGAAGGGGAAACGGAUGUAGAUGGUAAUCAAGUUUCUGAUGAGCAAAAUGAUGAAAUUGAAGCAGAGAUCUCAAUAGGGACAGAUAUUCCUGAUCAUGAACCAAUUGAAGAUAUUCAACUGCAACAUUUGUACGAAUGCACACAAGAAAAUCCCUCCUCCAGUUCUGCUCAAUUGCAUGCAGAUGAUGAUCAUGGCUUCAAGAAUGCUGAGGAAGAAACUAUACAGUUUAAAACCAUAACGGUUGAAACAUGUGACCAAGCAAUAAAAAACCAUUUAUCAUUAUCUUCAGAGCUUAAUGAGGUCGAGGAAGAUAAAGUCCCUGAUACACCCACUUCUAUAGAUAGCCUCCACCUGUUGCACAAGAAGUUGCUAUUGCUUGACAGAAAAGAAUCAGGAACAGAAGAUUCAUUGGAUGGAAGUGUUUUCAGUGACAUUGAGGGUGCUGAUGGGGUACUAACUGUUGAGAAGUUGAAAUCAGCGUUGAAAGCUGAAAGGAAGGCUUUAAAUGCUUUGUACACAGAACUUGAGGAAGAGAGAAGUGCAUCUGCUGUGGCAGCAAACCAGACAAUGGCAAUGAUAAAUAGGCUUCAAGAAGAGAAGGCAGCAAUGCAGAUGGAAGCUUUGCAGUAUCAGAGGAUGAUGGAAGAACAGUCUGAGUAUGACCAGGAAGCUUUGCAGCUUCUUAAUGAGCUUAUGGUCAAGAGAGAGAAAGAGAAGGCGGAGCUUGAAAAAGAGCUGGAGGUAUAUCGCAGGAAGGUGCAGGAUUAUGAGGCCAGAGAGAAAAUGAUAAUGCUCAGAAGAAGGAAAGAAGACAGCACUAGGAGCGCAACUUCUGCAUCUUGCAGCAAUGCUGAGGAUAGUGAUGGACUAUCAGUUGAUUUGAAUCAUGAACCAAAGGAAGAAGAUAGCUUUGAUAACCAUCAAGAGGAUAGCAACCAGAAUACCCCUGCUGAUGCAGUUUUGUAUUUGGAAGAGUCAUUGGCUAACUUCGAGGAAGAGAGGCUAUCCAUUCUAGAGCAGCUCAAGGUUUUGGAAGAGAAAUUGGUUUCAUUGAAUGAUGAAGAGGAACAGCAUUUUGAGGAUAUAAAAUCAGUUGAGUAUUUGUAUGAAGAGAAUGGGAACGGCUUCCAUGAGAGUUCUGAUUUCAGCUAUGAAACAAAUGGGGUUGCCAAUGGUCAUUUCAAGGGAGUGAAUGGGAAACAUCACCAAGAGAAAAAACUCAUGGCUGCAAAGGCAAAGAGACUUCUCCCACUUUUUGAUGCCACUGAUGCAGAAAUUGAAGAUGGGAUAUUGAAUGGACACGAAAAUGGCUUUGAUUCUGUUGUCUUGCAACAUUUCUCACCACCCAACUCUGAACUAGAGAGCAAAAAGCUUGCUAUUGAGGAAGAGGUGGAUCAUGUUUAUGAGAGACUACAAGCGCUUGAGGCAGAUAGGGAGUUUCUAAAGCAUUGUAUCAGCUCCUUGAGGAAAGGAGAUAAAGGAAUCUAUCUUCUUCAAGAGAUUUUACAACAUCUUCGUGAUUUGAGGAGUGUGGAACUCAGAGUAAGGAGUAUUGGAGAUGCUGCUAUGUAGUUGCAUUCGGCAGAAUACACUGGGAAGGCUAAUCGAAUGCUCAAUUGGAGUUGCUUAACCGCCACAAAUUUAGGAUUAGAGUAAACACCAACUUGGGCGGAUAGUCAGUGAUACAGUCGCCAACGCAAUUCCACAACGUCAACAAUUUCAAGGGGAAGUCCCUUAAUGGAAGAGGGAGGCUCCUGCUAUGGUCUGUUUGGUGAUCUUGGUGGACUGAAAAUUGAAGAGUCUGUCAUUUUCCCUUUUGCAUUUUCCCGGUUUCAGUGUCCAAGUAAAUCCCAAAAUUUUUGUGGGUUCAGCUCUUCAUCACCUUUUGAGGAAAAGGAGGAUGGUGAGUGUAUGUGUGUGCAAGUCAGUGAGGUGAAAGCCAAGCUGUCAUUUGUAUGUUGUGAGAAAAGACCUGGCCUGCAGAGCUGGAGAGAUCCAACAAGGAUUCCUGUGCCAGAUUGCAUAGCAUUAGUUUAUAUUCAGACAGUUAGAACUAGAAGGCUCUUUUUGUCAUUUUCUUAAUCUUUUGAGGGAAGGGAAGGAAAGGGUAAGUAACCCCGUUUUCCUUCUCAUCUUUUGCAUCAUUUUCAUCAUCUGGUGGGUCUGUCUAUUAUUUGAGGGGCAAAGUUGAGUUACUUGUAUACUACAUGCAUCCAUCUGUACGUAUAUAAAGUGAGUGUUUGUUUAUACUGUGCUGGAGCUGUUUUUCGUUGUA